AUGGCUGGAUGCCAACGAUGGCUUGACGCGGGUGCUUGGGCGGGUGCUUGGAGGGCCACUGUUGGCCUGCUGGAGGGAGGUGGGGAGCGCUGCAGGCGAUUGGCCAGGCUAGAAGAGCGGUACCCACAGCACCAGGCUCCAGGCGCAUUUUUCUCCAGCUGGUUCGCGGUCAACGGCGAGUUAGUCAUCAAGCAUUGCGUCUCCAGAGCCAUGGUUUUGGGUCCUUGCUUAACAAAGAAUGGAUACAAGGAGGAGAGGUGCCAAUCGGUUAUCAAAGCCCUCUACGAAUGCUGUGAAGUAUUCUACGACCGCUACGGGGACGACGCGACCUCACCUAGUUGCCCCAAACCAAAACUUCUCCGGCUCAAGCUGGAGCAGCUGAAGGACCGGUAA